UAACUGUGUGCAACUACCCACCUAAAAAAAAAGACUGACAUUUCGAUUGUGCCUUCACCUGUUCAGCUGUUUGCAAUAGACCCAAGUGGGACUUGGAGCAUUCAGCCACAGGCAUGCGCCACAGCAAAUGACACGGAAAUCCAUCAUGCUCUGGUUCGACUCAUAAAACAGUUGCAUCCUGCUUGGACUGCGCCUUCCGCCCUUUGCUCGUAAAACGGUAAGGAGCAACCUCUGUCAUUCUGAGUCACUUUCCAUUGUCUGCUCUGCCCUGUUGCUGCCUUGUCCCUCUCUACUUCCCAUUACUUAUUAUUUAAUGCCGUCGCCUGUGCGACAAUUCUCCGCUCUCCCUCAUGCUUGCCGCACUACCCCACCACUUGUUUGCUUACCACCCCCGCUUCACUUAGCCAGGCAUUUCAAGAACCACACAAUCACGCUUCCCUAUACUGCCUUCCACACCCGAGUCGCCAGCUUCCACGCUUCCGCCGCCAUGGCGCAUCGCGAAACAGCUCCUUACGCACCCCAGGAUCGCAAGCGGGUCCACGACCUAGUCCAGUCACUCGAAUCACAUAAAGGCAAACAGUCCAAGGGGAACGGCUUCUCAUGCCGUAAAAAUACAUUUCCUCUGCCCAACGGCCGCUCCGUCGAUUCGUGGAAAAUCCAGGAAUGGGACUACAAGAAGGAGUUUCUGCCCACGUACGCCCGCGGUCUCUUUACAUAUAAAACCCGGGAUGGUGGCGUCGAGAUUGCCGUGAGGGGCUACGAUAAAUUCUUCAAUCACGGAGAGGUCAGGAAGACGGAGUGGCGCAACGUCAAGAAGAACACUCGCGGACCUUACGAGCUGAGCGUCAAAGAGAAUGGCUGCAUCAUAUUCAUCGCGGGAUUAGACGAUGAGAGCCUGCUCGUUUGCAGCAAACACUCGACCGGUGCGAGGGGUGACACUCUGAGCCAUGCUUCUGCUGGCGAGAAGUGGGUGGAGAAGCACCUGGAGACUGUAGGCAAAUCGAAGAAGGACCUGGCCCGACGGCUGCGGGAAAUGAAUGCGACGCUGGUUGCCGAACUAUGCGAUGAUGAUUUCGAGGAGCACGUUCUUCCUUAUGGCCCCGAAGACGCUGGCUUGUACAUUCACGGAAUCAACCUCAACCUCCCCGAAUUCGCUACCUAUCCUGGCCCUCUGGUCGACAAGUUUGCCAAUGAAUGGGGAAUGAAGAAGGUCACAUAUGUCAUGGAAGAUGACAUCGACCAGGUUCAGAAAUUCCUGGAGAAAGUCGCCGAAACUGGUAACUACAAUGGCCGCGAUACCGAGGGAUUCGUCAUCCGUUGCCAAGCACGAGAGACGGCUGACGCCCCGUGGGAAGAUUGGUUCUUCAAAUACAAGUUCGAGGAGCCAUAUCUCAUGUACCGUCAAUGGCGCGAGUGCACUAGAGCCAUCAUCGCCGGCAAACCUCCACGUUAUAAGAAACAUCAGCAGAUUACCAAAGAAUACCUCGAGUAUGCACGAAGGCGCUUUGUCAAGGAACCAAAUCUGGCAAGGGAUUACAAUCAGAACCAUGGAAUCAUCCAAUUGCGUGAAGACUUCCUAAAGGCUCGGGGCACAACGGGAGCGGAGAUCAUCCAAGAGGAACUCCGAAAUGGAGAGCUUGAAUCCAAAGAUGUAGACCGUGACGUGGUGCUUGUGCCCAUCGCAACCAUUGGUUGUGGAAAGACGACCCUGGCUUUAGCUCUCGUCAAACUCUUCGGAUGGGGACACUUCCAGAAUGACAACGUCAAAGCAAAGAAAAAUCGUGGACAGGUCUUCGCCGACACCAUCUCGUCCAUGCUGAUCACCAACCCUGUCGUCAUAGCAGACCGCAACAACCACCAGAAGCGCGAACGAGACCAGCUCUUCACGGACAUCAGCAAGACUGCCCCUAGUACUCGUUACGUAGCGCUACAUUACGUUCAUGAUCGCUUCAAUUACGAUGCUAUUCGACAGGCUACACGAAAACGUGUGCUUGCACGUGGUGACAACCACCAAACUAUACAGGCUGGAUCCAAGGGUCAGGAUGAGAUCGUCACGAUAAUGGAAGGCUUCAUGCACCGUUUCCAACCUGUUGAUCCUAGCGACGCCCCCGAUGAUAAUUUCGACCUCGUGAUCAACCUUGAUCCUACUGCUGAUUCUCGGGAAAACUUGGAAGUCAUCAUCAACCACCUUUACGAAACAUACCCAGGCCUGUUCAAAGAUCGUGAUAUGCCUUCUGCUGCUGAUCUUGAUGAUGCGAUCAACUGGGCCACUAAUGACUAUACCCCUGACUUCAAGAUGGAUCUUUCCCGCGGUGGAAAUAGCAAAGCUCCACAGGCUGUCAAGAACAAGUCUCAACCCGAUCCACGCCCAAAGAAGCAACCAAAAAUGGAGUACUUCUCUGUUAGAAUUUCCGCAGAUCGAGUGGGGUCUAUUCUGGAAGCAACUUUCCGUGGACAAACCCCAGAAUAUGCGCGACUUUACCGUCAGCUUCAGCAAACACGCCGUAUUCAGAACGAGUUUCAUGUAACACUCAUACAUCGCGCGUCUGCCACUCAGAACCAGCAAUACUGGGACAAGCUCAACGCGCUCCACUCUUCUGUAGCACAAACUGCCGUCAACACUGGUAGCUGGGAACCUGAACUUGGCAAAUGCGGCGUCCAAUUGGAGCGUCUGAUCUGGGAUAAUCGGAUCAUGUGCUUCGUAGUACGGCUUAACGGCUCUGCAUCCUUCGAGGUGGAGUCUGAAGCUGGCAGCGGUAUGAAUGAGUUGACGUUUGAGACUGUCAACGCUGUAGCUCAUGUCACGGUUGGCACAGCGGAUCAGAGCGUGAAACCGAAGGAGAGCAACGAUUUGUUGCAGCGAUGGCUGAAUGAGGGCAGCGGAGGAGAAACUGGCAUCUAUGAGGCUCCCGUAAAGGGCAAUGUGACACUCGAUGGGAGCGUAAGAGGCGUCCUCGGAAGGAUGUAG